GCUCGAGAAUUGUUUUCAAGUCCUUCACGAUGAACGGUUACGCAGUUUACAAACGUUUUGCCUUAACCGCGAAAAAUCGCGGCAGAUCACGAGAUUCCGUCACUCCCGUGUGCAGUAGCUCGUGCGUACUAUUUGUCGACGUAUCUUCCAAGAUGUGCAAAACGAUACACGUGCUACGACGGUCGAUCGUAUACUGUCAUCGUGUGAGCAACAGCUGUUCGUUCCCGAUUAAGUUAAGUAUACCAAGCGCGCUGACGAAGAAUAGAGAGGGUAGGAAUAAGGAGAGAAGGAAAGACGUAUACACACAUCACACAACUAUUACAAGACCAGCUGCAACAGCGAUAAUACCCACGCAAUAACGUGGAGGCCACAUAUGACGUAACAUCAUGCGAUUGGUCUAUGCCGAGUGGUGUGGUUCAAUGACCACGCCUACCACACGCGUUCACAAAGACAUUGCAAAUU